AUGAAGUCUUCGAGUCGUUUAGUUGCCCGUCUUUUUCAACGAGGUCGCCUUAUCUCAACAACUGGAGAAAGGCGAUUGCCACUCCGACCUCAGCUUCGUACUCGUACGAACUUUGUGACAGAACCGCCUCCCGGGCCUCCGCAAGAUCCGGCACCGUUACCACAGAAUGAGAAGGGUGUUGAAUCGUUGCCGGGGCUGACAAAGACCGGAUCGUCGAUUUUGUUUCCAUGGAUAUAUGCAAACCACCCGCCAAGAAUAACCAACUAUCCUUACCCUGAAGCUAAUUUUUGGUUGCCAAUAAUUGCGCAACUACCGUUAAGCAUUCAACAUAAACUCAGUCGCGCAUUAUCUAUGUACGCAAUGAAAGACUUUACAUCUUCAGAAUAUUUCUCUGAUCAGUUCUUACUUGGAGCUGUCCUAGCUACGAAUCAAGUCUGCUUGUCAUUGAGCACUCCAUGUGAUCUAUCCCAUCUCUCAUCCACUCUGACGACACGAUUGUACGAUCGUUAUGCGCUCGAAUUAGAGAAGCUUGCCAAAGAAGGCUCAUCUGUGAAUUUAUCCGUUCCCAACGUCUACGACGCGCGUAUUCGUGAUGUCUGGCUAUAUCUCGGUCCACGCAUUGCAUUUUCGAAAUCUUCUCGUGAAUUCGCAGUUGGUCAAUGGAUGACCAUAAACGAAGCCGUCCGCAUUCCAAGUAAUAAUACUUCGGAUGAGCCUAUCUCGUCCCUGUUGCGCAAGGCCGGCCCUCUUGCCGUGUACAAAACUAUGAUGGAAGGUGUGCAAGCGAAAGUAGACGUUGAGAUAGAUGCAGAUGUAGUAUACAAAUUGAAAACCAAAGACGAUGUGUAUGCAAUCGAUGAUCAGACGAGAAGGACAAUGGUUAUUAGAUUUGAAACGCCUUAUUUCGAGCCCGCUAUCAAUAUUACUGAAGGGUUUGCCCCUGUGGUGGAUAAAGAAACUGGUUUUGUUACAAGGAAAGCUCCAACCGAGGGCGUAUGGCAAUGGAGGGUAGGAGAUAUCGAUUAUUUGCUUGAAGCCGAGGAUUUGGAAGCAACCGAGAGUAAACGAGAAGAGAAGCAGAGAAAGCAUGGAUUGGUUGAGGACUGA